AUGCUCAAAGCAUUAUUAGGGACUGAUGAAAACUCUCCAAGCAACUUUACAGUGUCAGGGCUUCCACCUCUUGAGCUCAACGUAGGACUCAAUGGAUAUUUUGACGGAUACAUUGUUUCGGCUGCAGGAAUGGAUCAGAUGUGGUUGACGCCUUCGUUCGACAAUAAACUAGCGAUCACUGCAGCUGCAGCGAUAGCCAAACAUCGUCCUUUAGGAUAUAUUCGAAAAGGUGCGCUAGCCCUUGUUCGACUACAAUACAAUAACAGUACGAUGACAUGGACCCGUGUAGUUGUGGAGAAAAGGCCUGACCCAGCUCAUGUAGAAGCCUACCUUGUCGACUAUGGUGCUCAUCAGAUGGUGAACGCCAGAAGUCUCUAUGAAAUGCCAUUGGAGUUAAGAAGAUUUCCUCCGCAAGCAUUCCCAGUCGAACCGAAGAUUUCGGCUCCACCUGACUUUGGUCCAGGAGAAUGGGAAAGACUUGUAAACGUUCGCAUUACCGUUAGACUAAAGGCUGUGAAAGACAACAAGUUCGUGUGCGAUCAGCUGACGGUUUAUGGGGCAAGUUCAAGGAGUGACGUCGAUCUAGGAUACGCUCUUCGUAGCGGUAUGGAACUUGAACGCGCAAAUCUAUCCGCUGUCGCCCACACGACCAGCCCUCAGCAGUUCAUGCUCGCUCAAUCAGCCACUGUGGAACCCGAGAGGUCACUUAUUCCCCGCCAUGUUAAGGAUCCACGUGAUUUUUCCGUUCUUCUGGUUUGUGCAUUCGGUGUAGUGAUGGCAUUAGUGUCGAUUUUGAUGAUGGUCGGUUUCACCUAUAAACGCCUUCAAGGCGAUCGAAAUCGUCGGCGACACCGUCAACCGGCUAACUCUGAACAACCCGGGCCGCGAAACGACGCUAUUCCUGUGGCAUGGCUUGAAGAGUUUCCAAACAUUCCAAGGGACCAGCCGAAUUCUACACAGAUUGCUAAUACCACUCCUGUGAAGUCCUCGGAGGAUUCCCGUGAAGAGACGAAGCCAACAAUGAAAUCGAAACCUCCGUCGCCUGAGGAAGCACAGGAAGCACGACAGAAACCCCAAGAGAACUCCAUCAUCCCAUUGGAACCGAAUGCCAUCGCCGUUAUCGCAGCCAUAAUGGGCUCGUCGUCAGCGCAUCUUGACAAACAAAUCUCGAGGACAAUUGCUAUUCAUACCGGGAAGGAUAACACUACAGUAGAUGAGUCUUAUGAGAAUCGUCCUCGUCUCUGGGGUGCAGGCUCCUAUGGUCUAUCAUCCAUACUAGGAUCAAGCACGUCACCAGGCUUCAUUACCAGCACCCCUAUCGAGACUGCGGAAAAAUCACCCAGUAUUCAGUCUAGUGAAGGGUCGAGUGAACCUUCAAAAACAGGAAACCCGAAGAUUGAGGAAGAAAAGGCCACAGUAUCCGAAAUACCGUCAUCGAUUGCCGACGAGUAUUUUGAAUCUGUAACAGCAGAGGAUAUACAACGAAUGCUGAAGGAAAGAGCUAUCAUACGUGGACAGUCAGUUUCUAGUUUCAAUAGAAAAUAG